AUGAACGCCUCCUUCCAGCUCCGCGAAUUUAUGCACGAGAGCAUUGAAAAAAUGCGAGCCAACGAGCCCGGCUGUCUCCAAUUUCAAGUUCUUGAAGAAGCUGAAGAAGGCGAGGAUGGCAGCAAGGAGCUCCGUAUGGUGCUUGUUGAGCUUUACGAGAGUAGAGAGGCACUGGAUUUUCAUCGCCGGCAGCGGAACUAUGCCAAAGUAUUCCAGACCAUUCAGGAGGAAGGGCUGAUGAAGGCUAUGCCUGACAUGAUUGUGCUGAAGGGGACUGGCGGGUUUCGCGACAUGCAAUAG